CAGAAACAAAUUUAGAAAAAACUAUUAAUGCAAAUGUUGAAAUAUCAAGUAAUACAAAUAUUGUGAUUAUGAAUGUAGAAAAACUAAGUAAUACAAGUAACGUGUUUACGAAUGUAGAAAAACUAAUUAAUACAAACAACGUGAUUACGAAUGAAGAAAUGUGUACAAAUAAUGUAGUUAUAAAUAAUAUUGUAGAAAUCCCAAAUAACAAAGACCCUGAAAGUAAUGAUGCUGCACAAUCCACUCAUGAAAUACAACCUUUAUUAGAAAAUGUAGAAUAUGAAUCACAAAUACAAUCUACAGUACAGAAAAGAGAUUUAAAUAAAAGUACAGAUAGCAAUUUGAAUGAACUAACAAAUGGGAUAGGAAAAAAAACAAUUAUCCAGUCAGAUACUCAGAUUAUGAGGUAUCACUGCAAGAUGUGUGAGAAAUAUUUUACGACAAACUUUGCUUUGUUUAGACAUAUGAACGUACAUCAUAUAUUGCAAAGUUUAUCUUGCGAGUUGUGCAAACGGGUCCUCUCUGAAUCAUCGCAAAUACAUAAAUGUCCAGAAAUAGAACAUGUCAGGACUAAACUAGAGACGGAAAGCGCUGAUGAGCAUACUAAUGAUACUAUUGAAAGUAUGGAUAUUGAGUGUCAAGUGCCUAAGCCACUUCUGAUCGAUCCAUUUCCUGUAAUUAAAAAUAUUAAAAGCUUACAAGAAGAUCUAGUUUUUAACAUUGUUGUACGUGAGGUGCCCGUCGAAUUCCAUUCUGUUUAAAAGAGUGACACUGGAAAACGACUACGGCAGGGCAGAGGCGACUGCGAGGCUCGACUUUAUAUCACAAAAAGGAAAAUUCUACGCCAGUGGCAGAUCAUAUAGUGCCUCUCCGAGGAAGUCUCUGCCGUACAAAAGGAGUAUAUACUCCCUUCCGAGACAAGACUGAUUAAAACCAAGCACGAAACUAUAGUUUUUGACGUAGACUUAGUAAAUCGGAACCCUCAAUUUCAUUAACAUGUAAGUACGAAACUCUACGUAAUGCGCUUUUGCGAGAUGGGUACCCAUUUUUAUAUUUGUUUACUGCCUUGCGAUUGUCUUCGUCACAUGAAUUUUAUAAGUGAUGCGAAUUUUUCUGUACAAAUCGAUUAUAAUAACAACUACUACUUGAACAAAUACUAUCGUAAACGUUAUGUACACCGAUAUUUGCAUAUGUAUAAGGUCUAUUACUAUAUACAGCUGUGAAAAUUCUUUAUAAUACCAAAGAAAUUCCCAUUGUUGACCAUCAUAAAUUUUUGAGUGUAAAAUUUGAUAAACAUAUAGAAUAUAGACUAUAUUAGUAAGAAGGCUAUGAGAAGUAUAAAUAUCUUACGUCAUUUAGCAGGUACUUACUAGGGAUCAGACCCCAAAACUAUGAGUAUGUUGUAUAAAGGCAUAGUCAGAAGUCUCUUUGUUUAUAGUAGCUUAGCUUACUUAAAUGCUAAUAAUUCCUUCCUCUGUAAACUGGAUAAAAUACAAAACAUAGGGUUAAGGCUAAUUUGUGGAGCAAUGCGCUCUACUCCUAUUAACUCAUUAGAAGUGGAAACUUGCAUACCUCCUUUGUUCCUUAGAAGGCUUCAACUAGCGGAAAGAUUCUUUUUAAAGUUAGUAGCUUCAGAUAAUCAUCUCAACACUAAACUUCACAAUAUGAGAGAGGCUUUGCACUUCAUGCCAACGCCUGCUAUAUCUCCUCAGUCACUUCUUUCUGGAAUUGAUAUUUUAACUAUUUAUAGUCACGUUAAAAGUAAAAUGCAAAAUGUAACAAAUAGCCAAUUUAUGAAUGCUCAUAUAACAGUCUCAUAAACUAUGAUAGAAAUAAGUUUCAUUUAGAUGUAAUAAAAAAUAAAACAGAUUUUUUAGAAUUCAAACAUAAAAGAGCCGAUUGUUAUUUUGUGUAUACAGACGGAUCUA